AUGGUGGAGAUCUCGCUGCGAUCCGGUGAACGUGUCGAGAAGGGCGAUGAACCGAACCCGCUGGUGCGAAACUUCUUCGAUCAGCCGGCAUCAGCGGCCUUCACGCAGACCGCCCUGCAUCGAGCGGCGAACUGCCACAACUUCCGUCAGGAGGUUUCUGAGUCCAUGGCGAUCGUGGGCUCACUGAGAAAAUGGCGGCAAUGGGACGACGAGGCUCUGCACUUCGUGGACCUUUGUUGCGGAAGCGCUAUGACUGCCACCUUCCUGGCCCUGUCGGCGCCAAAGAGCACUGUGACGGCUGUGGACAUCCGCCCUCCCCAGCAUCUUCCCCACUUCCGCGAGGCUGGGAUCGCCAACGUGCGCUAUCUCUGCGAAGAUAUGACACGUCCAGGCUUCCUGGACGUUAUGGAGAAGGCAUUGCUGGAUGUUGCGCUGCCGGCCAUCGUCCUCGGGAUGCACUGCUGCGGUGCCUUGAGUGUCGUGGCCACGCAGAUCUACAAUCGCUUCCCUCAGUGCGUCGCGAUUCUCCUUUGCCCCUGCUGCCUCCUGCGCGGCAUCGACGUGAAGCGCGCGGACUCGCUGAUGCCGGAAGUGCCGAAGCACACCGGAGAGAAGCGGGUCCCCCCCGCCAACAACACAGAAGACUCGUCAAAGAAGUUCGUGUACCAGCCUUUCGCCGCCCGCGCCGGCGCUGUGGACGUCGAAAAGCCUGGAAGCAGCGCAUUGGGCUUCGCAGCUGACCAUGUGCAGGGGUGCCAGGAGAAUGCCGCCCGAAUAUCGGAGGAGCCGGCUCCUUGGGAAGCCGUCGCUGUAGCGAAGUGA